UUUAAAUAUAUUAUUUAUAAGGAUUUUUCUCUUAAAAAAUUUUCCAUUCUUAUUUGUGAGUAACAUGAAAAUAUGUAUCAUAAUGUAUAUUGUAACUUAUUGAGAAGAGGGAGUAGUGCUAAUGAGCCUCUAAUAUUUAGUAUAAAAGAAUGCUUGCUUGAAAAAUCAAGGCAUUGUUGAAAAUGUUGUGUAAGAGUGAAAUUGAUCGAAGCUUUAAAACUUUUCAAGUAUUGUAUUUAAUAUUGUUUUUAUUUAAUAUAUGUAUACAAUUAAGUAUAACAUUAUCUGUACCUAAUAUGAAUUAUAAUACAACAGCUGUAAUGUUAACAAAUGAAUCAUCAUCAAAUAAUUCAAUUGGUGAUAAUUUAUAUGUCAUAAAAGCAAUGGUAUACGAAAUUGGUAUAUUAACAGAUGCAGAUAAUACAACUAAUAAUACUACUGAAAGACAUGAAGAAGUUAAACUUUCAUUUUAUAAUCCUCCUAAUGAAAACAAUGGAUCAUAAAUUGGACAUUAUUAUUUAAUAUUGUUAAAUUAAUUUCAUUUUUAUUUUAUUUU